UCAAGGCGCUGCCGCGGUAGCCGCCUGGCUAGAUAAGCCCUUCGGAUUGAAAUGGGAUAUAAAAAGGCCCUCGUCGUGAUUUGGCGCCCACCCCACCACACGCGGCUCAACCAUGUGGAGGCUCCUGCUGCUGUCUGUCGCCGUCUCGGGCGCCCUGGCGCUGUCGCCCCUCCAGUCACAGGUCCACCUCCCCCUCUCCGCGGCCAGGCCCAUCCCCCAGAACAUCCCCGCCCUGCGCAUCGUUGGAGGCAACGAGGCUGCCCCCGGCCAGUUCCCUCACCAGGUCGGCAUCUGGAUCUACAAGCACAAGAGCAAGUUCUUCUGCGGCGGCUCCAUCCUGAACCAGAACACCGUCAUCACCGCCGCCCACUGCGCCGAGGCCGGAGACAGCUUUGAGAUUGUGUUCGGCGCGCACCACAUCAGGAAGGACACCUCCGUGGUGAGGGAGACAACCAAGAAGCUGGUGCACCCCAAGUACCAGGACGACGGCCACAUCUCCAACGAUAUCGCCCUCCUACACUUUGACGUGCCGAUUGAUUACACUGAGACCAUCCAGCCCAUCAGGCUCCCCAGCAAGAGCCAGGGCAGCCUCUGGCACGCGGAGGUGACCGCCAGUGGUUGGGGCCUCCUGCACACCGACGCAGACUCCGUCGCCGACACGCUGCACUUCGUCAAGUCGCGCAUCGUGACCAACCUGUACUGCAAGGUGCGCUACUUCCUCAACUACGUGCGCGACACCAACGUGUGCAUAUCGGGCUGGUGGGCCAAGGGCACCUGCGAGGGCGACUCUGGCGGCCCGCUCGUCGUGUACGAGAAGGACGGCAAGCCCACCCUGGUGGGCCUCACCUCGUUCGGCAUCAGCCUCGGCUGCGAGGUCUCCUGGCCCUCCGUGUUCACGCGCGUCAGCAGCUACGUGGACUGGAUCGAGGCGGGCAUCAAGGAGCUCUCCGGACAGUGAGCGCCCAGUCGUGCGACACGAAACAAACCACUCAAAAAAAACAAACUUGAAAAAAAAUAAAAAUAAAAGCAACAUAUUUUGAAAUGACACAGAA